GACAGUGUGCUGCUCCAUUGGUGUGUUUGUGUUUGACUCUGUGGCAACCGGCAAACACCGCGGGAAGGAGACCUGCUUCAGCCUGCAGCAGGUUCAAUAUGGAGAAAUACGCCCCUAAAUUCAGCAAAGUUCUACUGACACCUGAUCCACAUUAUAUACCGGGGUAUGCAGGGUAUUGUCCACAGCUCAAGUUCAACGUGGGGAAGUCCUACGGCCAGCUGACGGCCGAGCUGCUGACCAGUGCUGAUGUGAAACACUCCAGUCGCCUGGUCCUCCACACAGGUCACGUCCCCUUCACUGACACAGUUGACACAGCUGCUCUGACACUGAGAGGCGUCCAUGACGGUAACUUGAAGAAGAUGAUACCAGGAUACACAGGCUUCAUUCCAAGAAGUCAGAACUACUUUUCCUGCAGCUACUCUGAAACAUGUCGCAAAGCGCUCACUGAGUUUCACCUGGAAGGGCGUGCAAAGACCCAACGGCACUUAUCAGCCCUGCCAGCUGUUGUCAACAACACCAAUCAACAGUUUGAAAGACCAAGACCCCCCCAGACAGCUAUCUCCAACAAAGUAAUCUCCUACAAGCCCUUGAAAUCCUUCAUGCCCACCGGAACACCAUAUCUCAUGGAGGAUGAUGACCCACACAAGUACUUUAUCUCAGGAUUUACAGGUCAUGUGCCAAAAUCACGUUUCCUAAUCGGUAAAGGUUACCCCAUCACCACCAACCAGGCCCUGAUCCAGUUUGGAAAGCAGCAGCGGAAUGACCACACAUCCCAAGACUUCCCAAGGAGGAGGGAUAGUACAACACCUCCCAUGCCCACUAUCUAUCCAUCAAAGAGGGGUAUGGUGCCAUCAUUCACAGGACACAUCCCAGGAUACCAGUUCAUGUAUGGACAUACCUUUGGUCAACUUUCCCAGAAUGCACUGGAAAAGAGCAGCAUAACCCGGAUCCUUCGAGAAAAGUCAUAGAGCCAUCAUAAACCCCAAUAAAAUGGUUAUCACUGGCACGACGAG